AUGCAGAACCCAUGGAAAACGUUGAACACCGCUUCCGCCGCAUCUCCUCCGCCGUUCUCUACCGGAGAACCGCUCCCCCCAUCUCCAAUCCCUCCUGACCCACCAGAUCCAUCAUCCCCCCUAGCCCCUCAGCAAUUUCCACCCUUGUCUGUCAACUCCAAAACUACUCCUUUGACUUCAGCAACUAUGAAGAAAACUCAAAAGGGUCGCAGAAGCUCUGCUACUACAGGUGACCUGCAACACCAAACAACUGUCUCGGAAGGAUCCACUUCAAUGGUACCUGAAACAGAAAAAACUGGCGUCAAUGACCUAAACAACACUGUUCUGAUUUCUGGAUCUGAGAACACUACAGUAUCACAAGCUCUUCCUCUUACUCUUGGGGAAGGUAGCGAUACUUACACUAUCCUAAACCGAACCACUACCUCACCUCUCAUCACAAACACAGCCUCAGGAAACUUCCCACCCACACUCCCAGCCCAAAAUUUCCCGGUUUUACCGCCAAACCCUAACCAAACUAACCUACCCCCUACUGAAAACUCGUCAGUCAACCCGCAACCACCCAUAGGUCCCCUGCUCCCCACUCCAGAAACCAGACCCCUUCCACCAAAGCCAACCUCAGCUCCAACUUUAGUAGAAAAAAUCAGAGCCUCUGAGGAUAAAACCCUUGAGAGGCUCGCGCCAGUCACUAUCUCCCAAUCAGGCAGGCCGAGGGUACUCAUCCCUGAUUCAGUCUUCCAAGAAGGAGCAGAACUACAUAAAGAUUUUAUAGUUUGCUACUUUAAUGGAAAGUCGCCACCUUUUUUGCAAAUCCAGAGUGUCUUGAAUCACAUGUGGGGCAAAGGUAAACGACUUGAGAUCCACAACAAUCCGAUUAACCACUCCUGUUUGGUUCGGAUACAGAGUGAGUUCUUGAGAUCAAAAAUCCUGGAUAAAAACAUAUGGUAUGUUGGCGACUCUAUGUUUCAUACUGCUCAGUGGUCCUCAGAGCACUCCAAAUCUACCCCUCCCCUUAAGGCGAUCAAAAUAUGGGCUCACCUCACUGGGGUACCAUUGGAUCUAAGGCAUAAAAAAGGCCUCAGUCUGGUGGCAGGAUUGAUAGGGCAUCCAAAGGAAACCGAUGACUUCACAAAAGACCUGAUAAGCAUAACUGUCUCCCAUGUUAAAGUAGAAGUGGACUUGACACAGCCUCUCCCUGAUGUGGUUGAGUUUGAGCGGCAAAGUGGAGAGGUGGUUGAAGUCCUAGUUCACUACCCUUGGUUGCCACCUACUUGCGCCCAUUGUCAAGAGCUUGGGCAUAUCAUGCGUAAUUGCCUAACUGCUCCGCCUCAAAAAGAUCCUCCCCCUCCUCCUAAAAAACCUGUCCCCCCUAUGCCUCAAAAGCAAACUCAGAAAAAUCCUGCCUCCUCCAGGAAGCCUGUUUAUGUUAAGAAACCUUCCCAGCCUUCCUCAUCUAACCACAACCCUCCCCCACCUUCUUCCUCUGACCCUCAAUCUCCAGCAAAAAACCCUCUUUCAAACUCCUCUACCUUGCCAAUCCUUGAUCUCGUGAUCGCGCCUUCGCUUCCUUUCCAGCCUCCUGCUCCUGACCCUAACCCCUUUUCCUCCCCUGUCCGUGUCCCUAAGCCGUCUUUAAAGCGAUCCAGAUCCUCCCCUACCCUCUCCCCUCCUUGCUCUGGCAGUUCAAAUCCCUCCUCCAACCUUCAAAUCUCUUUUUUUAACCCUUUUGUAAACUCUCCUCUUCCCCUUUUUCCUUCUGCUCCUCCUAACCCCUUAACCCUGCCCUUUGACCCCUCAACUGUUUCUGUUACCCGAGGCUCCUCUCAUCCUGAUGGGGGAGCUUCUAUUCCCUCCAAAUGA